UCAAACAUGAAGAAACUAAGGUUGCUUAGCAUUAUUCACAAACAGUUUUACCUUUAUGAUGAUGAUGGGUAUGCAGAAGGGUCAUAUUCUCUGUCAAAUGAGUUGAGAUAUUUUUAUUGGAAAUGGUAUUCUACAAAAAGUCCAUUCCCAGACAGUUUCCAACCAACAAAUCUUGUUGUUCUAAAAUUGGAAUGCAACUUACAAAAGAACUUUGGAAUGGUUACAAGCAUCUGCCACAUUUGAAAGUGUUUGAACUCUCGCAUAUGGAGAAUCUGCUCAGCACACCAGAUUUUGAUGGACUCCCGUGUCUUCAAAAGCUGAAACUUAUGUAUUGUCGCGAGUUAAAAGAAAUUCACCCAUCACUAGGAAAUCACGGAAACCUUGAAUAUGUAACUGUAUCAUGUUGUUCCAAGCUUAGAGUCUUUCCAACGAUUGUCCGGAUGGAAAAAACUCAUUAUGAUUGGAAUAGAGUAUUGUGACAAUAUUCGUGAGUUCCCAGAAAUCCAAGCAAACAUGGGAAGCUUGGUAAGGUUGUCUUUAAACAGGGAAAGAGGUGGGGAAUUUGAAGAGGUGCCCCCUAGGUUGUUGACACGUAUUCUUCAAAAGUCACAUCUUGGUUGCUUACAAGAGUUGGAUCUCCGUGAUAUUGGUUUGAGAGAGGGACAAAUUCCAUCUGAUAUUGGUGAGUUAUCCAACUUAGAAGUGCUUGAUCUUAGCCGGAAUGAUUUUUCACGAUUAGGUUUCAGCCUCUCGCAACUUGCUAGACUCAAACUCCUCUGCUUGAGCUGCUGCAAAAGACUUGUAGAAUUGCCUGAACUCCCAUCAAAUAUAGAGGUUCUUAAAGCAGACUGGUGUGACUCGCUUACAACCAUUGGAGAUUUUUACAAAAGCUGUGACGGGUUAUAUGAUGUCUUCCUUGUGUAUGGGAGUAUUAAAACUGGUGGCGUCAGAUUGCUAAAAUUCAUGCUUCAGGUGAGUAUGGCUCAUUCGGUGUUUUUGAAUCUAUGUUAAACUUAAUGAUAUGCCACAUUCUAGACUAUAUGGUGGGGUGAAACCUACAGCGCGGUUUCAUUUUCAUUUGGCUACUCCUACAGAUGUAGUGGGUUUGGAUUUGCACUUGUUCCUAAACUUGCUCCAAUGGAAACACUAACAGAUUCUCGUCAUGAUUUUUCCUGUUAUAAGCCUACCUUGCGGAUUGCAGAUGACUCAGUAUCUGCUUUAAUAAUUUCCUUAGAA